AUCUCAAUCUUUAGAUUCGGCAACCCCAAGAAACCCUAGCCCGUUCUCUCUCUCUCUCUCUCUCUCUCUCCGUCGCUUACGGUUAAAAAAAAAAUAAAUUCAAAAAAUCGAAAAUCAAACCCCAAAAUCGACAAACCGAUUAGGGUUUCAAAUCAAAUGGAGUAUCAGAGGUUCGAGCCCUAAAUCGACGGUCUCCGCGUUUGAUCUUCGCGAUUGUAUGGAUAAAUCUGCGUUUCGUGUUGUCUGGAUUGAGAUCUGAAAUUUUGGGGUAAGAUUGCCUAUGAUGGGAUAUGAGAAUUGGGGGUUUUGGUGUAUGGUGUUUGAAUUGAGGGACUGUUGAUGGAAAGCAGAGCGGGAAAGUCUGGUGGUGUUGAAAAUCCGAGGAAAACAAGAUCGCUGGAUCUUGAUAGUCUGUACAAAUCAAGUGAUUCGAGAAAAGAGGGGAAUAGCCGGGGGAAGAGUGGUGGAGAGGAUGAUGAUGAUGAUAGGAAGAAGAAGAGGAAGAGUAGGAAGGAGGUCUCACUGAGUAGUUUUGAGCUGGCAGGCAAGAAAAGUAGGAUAAGUGCAGAUGAAAUCCACACUGGCGGAACAAGUUCGGGUUCACCUGAGUCAGGAAGGUUGCAGUUGGGACUUAACCAGGAAUUGGAUAAUAACGGUGGUUUCAACAGCAUUUCACUUAAUUUGGAUGGUGAUGGUAAUCUUAUCCAAAUUCCAAAGCGCCGCCGGGACUUUGUGGGGCGGAAGAAAUUCAAGAGUAAUCAAGUUUCAAAGUCAGCAGGGCAAUCCUCCAGUGGGGCUAGUGGCUCUGUUGAUCAAAUUGCCAAGUUAAACGGGGAGUGUAAGAAAUUGGAGGCCAAUGAAUCUCAAGAGAGGUUGCUCAACUCUGAUGGUAAAGCCAGUUCCAUGGAUCAGAUAGCUAAGUUAAGAGGUGAUUCGUCAGGCAAAACUGUCUCUCCGAAGGUUAAGGGCGAGUUAGGGCUUGACGAAUCAAAGAAAAGUAGGACUAGGAUGGGAAAUUCAGCUCGCCAGGGUAAAGAGGAAAAUGGUCAUUUGAUUGUAAGUCACGGUGAUUCAUCUUCUAAAAAGUGUCACAGCAAUCGUAGGAAAAGGAAAGACUUGGCAUCAGGAGAUAAAGGCAUUGCAAACAAGGUGGAACCUAUGGUGGAUGGCGCAGUCAAGACACAUGGUGAUUUUCAAGAAGAGGAUGAGGAGAACUUAGAGCAGAAUGCUGCAAGAAUGCUCUCAUCUCGAUUUGAUCCAAGCUGCACUGGCUUUUCCUCAAAAAGCAAAUCUCCUGGAUCACCAAGUACAGAUGGUUUGUCUUUCUUCAUCCCUUCUAAUGAGAAUUUUGUUGGUCGAGGAGCUAACUCGCUGGCAAGAUUGGAGUCAGCAUCUGUUGAUACUGCCAGUAGAGUAUUGCGACCGAGGAAUGGGCACAGAGAGAAAGGUCUCUUGAGGAAACGACGCCAUUUCUAUGAGAUUCUGCCCAGGGAUUUGGAUGCAUAUUGGGUAUUGAACAGGAGAAUCAAAGUAUUCUGGCCAUUGGAUGAGAGUUGGUAUUAUGGGCUUGUCAGUGACUAUGAUCCUGAAAGGAAGCUACAUCAUAUAAAGUAUGAUGAUCGGGAUGAAGAAUGGAUUAACCUUCAAAGUGAGAGAUUCAAACUCUUGCUUCUGCCUGGUGAAGUUCCUUGCAGGACAGAGCAAAAGAGAGCUACAGUAGGAAAUAAACAAGAUGACAAGGAGAAAAGUGACUUGACUACUGAUGAUGAUAGCUUUAUGGGUGGCUGCACGGACUCUGAGCCCAUCAUCUCAUGGUUGGCUCGUUCUUCUCUGAGGAUCAAAUCUUCUCCUCUUGGUGUUUCAAAAAGACGCAAAAUAUCCCAUUUAUCACCAAAUUUCGUAUCAUACAAGUUGUCUACUAGGACUGAUGAAGCACAUGGGUCUAUGGACGUGGGUCCCUCGGAGAAUGAUAUAAAGAAACCACCUUGUAGUUCUGCACUGUCAGAUAGAUCUACUGAUGCCUGCGGAGGGAAGAAGUUUUUGCAAGAAGGUACUAACAUCUCCAAAGACUGCAAGUUUCCUGUUGUUUAUUUCAGGAGGCGGUUUCGUAAGAAAGAUGAGGCAUUAUGUAAAGCACGCAUGGACAACCAUGCACAUGGAAGCUUAUCUGUGUCUGUUACUUCUCUUGCCUCUGUGGUUCAAGGCUCUCAAGGUUCUAGAGAAUAUGGUAUUUCUAUUGGACGUGUGGAACCUGAGGGGCUAUUGUGGUCACUUGAUGUUUCAGGCUCGUUAAGAUUGAAUAUUCCCUUGGUAAUAUCUAAGCAAUUUAGGUACGAGCUAGUCUCUCUACCGCUCCUGUGGUAUAGAUUUGGAUUAGAGAACUCAUGGUUGCUGCGUGCACUAUUAUUUCUUCAGCACGGUACUCUUAUGACUACUUGGCCUAUGGUUCAGCUGGAGAUUCUUUUUGUUGAUAAUAAUGUUGGAUUGAGGUUGCUGUUGUUUGAAGGUGGCUUGAAGCAGGCUGUGGCCUUUGUUUUUCUGGUCCUUACAUUAUUUGGUCAACCUAUUGAAAGGGGGAAGUACGUUGACACACAAAUGCCAGUAACUUCAAUCAGGUUUGGACUUUCGUCUGUUGAAGAUCAUAGAAAGCAUCGUGUGUUUGCAUUUUACAGCUUCUCAAAAGUGAAAUUCUCAAAGUGGCUGUACCUAGACCAUAAGCUGCAGCGGCAUUGCUUGCUCACCAGGAAACUACAUCUGUCUGAGUGCACAUAUGAUAACAUCAAGACACUCGUAUGUUCUACUGGCAGCCAGUGCUCAGAAUUUGAGGUUUUACAGAAGAAGUCUAUGGGUACAGAGCCCAUUGGUCUUCUCAGAGACUUCCAUGGUGCAGCUAUGAACCAGGCUUCUUCUGACUCUUAUGUGAAGCAUGGCAUACUUAUUCCAUUUGCUCUUUCUUUUGGUGCUGCACCUUCUUUCUUUAUUAACUUGCACCUCAAGCUGCUUAUGGAAAAUGUUGCUUCCAUCAGUUUUGGAGAUCAUGAUUCAACUUGUUCACUUGAAAAUUCUGAAAAAUCCAUAUGUCCAGUUGUAGAUGACUGCACACAGAUCCAGGUUGACUCAGAGAGUGUAUCAGAAAUGACUCCUGAGGGUAAUCCAGGAAAUUCUGUGAUGGGAGCUGCAUCUUCUGAAAGUUUGCCUUCUGCCAAAUCGCAGUUGGGGACUGAGAUUCUCUCAGAAUUCAAUGAUGGUGGUCAUGCCCAAGAUUUCCAAAAUGGCUCGCUAAAUGUUGCUGGAACUUCUACCUGCUCCAGCAAUCCUGGAGAUUAUGUAAUGGUGCAAUCACAGAAGAGGGAAUGCAGUAGUGAAGAAUUAGAGCAGCAGGUUGUUGCAUCACCAAAGCCCGUGGUUCCAAACGGCCAUACCAGUUUGGAUAUAUCUGAUACCAGGUCUUACUCUGGUUUGAGCAUUGAAAUUCCACUAUUGGACCAAAUUGAAAGGCCUGCUGGUGGUGAAAUGCCUUGUGCUCCUGAGUCUGCUGAUCGUGCUUGGUAUGUGCGGGACAGGUUUGUCCAUGGUCCCAACCCUACUGGACCUAGAAGCAUGUGGCAUCGCAAUAGAAAUAGCUCAAGUUCUCCAAUGGGAAGUAUAUCUCAUGGAUGGCCUGAUGGACAAGCGGAAUAUUUACGCAAUGGCUUUGGCAAUGGGCCAAAGAGACCACGAACUCAGGUUCAAUACACAUUACCUUUUGGAGGUGUUGAUGUAAACUCAAAGCACAAAAUUCAUAACCAGAGAGGGCUUCCUUACCAACGGAUUAGGAAAGCUAAUGAGAAGAGGCCCUCAGAUGUUUCUAGAAAUGCUCACAGAAACCUGGAACUAUUGGUUUGUGAUGCAAACAUUUUAAUCACAACUGGGGAUAGAGGAUGGAGAGAGCAUGGGGCACGUGUUGUACUGGAACUUGCAGAUCAUAAUGAAUGGAGACUUGCAGUAAAACUUUCUGGGACUACAAAGUAUUCAUACAAAGCUUAUCAGUUUCUGCAGCCUGGUUCAACAAACCGCUACACCCAUGCUAUGAUGUGGAAAGGAGGAAAGGAUUGGGUCUUGGAGUUCCCUGAUAGGAGCCAGUGGAUGCUUUUCAAGGAGAUGCAUGAAGAGUGCUACAAUCGGAACAUACGUGCUGCUUCAGUUAAGAACAUCCCUAUUCCUGGAGUUCGCCUGGUAGAGGAAACUGAUGAUAGCGGAACAGAAGUUCCACUAGUUCGCAGCUCCCCUAAGUACUUUCGGCAGGUUGAGACUGAUGUUGAUAUGGCUUUGAAUCCAUCAUGUGUAUUAUAUGACAUGGACAGUGACGAUGAGAGGUGGAUUUCAGAAAAUCAAGAGUGUUCACCUGGUCAAGAAAAAGAGAUCUCUGAAAACUUGUUUGAGAAGACAAUGGACAUGUUUGAGAAACUUGCAUAUGCACGACAGUGUGAUCACUUUACAACAGAUGAAAUUGAAGAGCUUAUGGUUGGCCUUGGGCCUAUGGAAGCAAUUGAAGUCAUUUACCAGUAUUGGCAAUUGAAGAGGCAGAGGAAUGGAAUGCCAUUAAUUCGACACCUACAGCCUCCACUAUGGGAAAGGUACGAGCUGCAACUGAAAGAGUGGGAGCAGAAAAUGGCCAAAGCCAACAGUGCCAUCUUCAAUGGUUGCCAUGAGAAGGCUCUACCACUGGAUAAACCACCCAUGUUUGCUUUCUGUUUGAAACCCCGUGGUUUGGAAGUGCCAAACAAGGGGUCAAAACAAAGGUCUCAGCGGAGAUUUCCAACUGGGCACAGCCAUACUGUCCUGGGUGACCAGGAUGGUAGUCAUGCUUUCGGGCGAAGAUUAAAUGGUUUUUCUUUUGGAGAUGAAAAGGUUCUGCACGGAACUAGCUAUGAUUCUUCAGAGGCUUCCCCAUUAUUUCAGGCAUCAGCAAGGGUGUUUUCACCUCGAGAGGCCAGUGGCUCUGGACAUUUCUCAUUGAGCAAUGAUUGGUCGGAAUGGAAUCAUCACCCAAAACUUCAUAGGAACAAGUCAAAGAAGAUUGGAGCAUUUUUAUCCCCAAAUAAUGCACAAACAGUGGCUUUAUACAAUCAGAGAUCUGUAGGCAAGAGAAAUGGUGUUCAUUGGUGGAAUAUGGGCUUGCCCGAGUGGCCAUCUCAGAAGCACUACCAAUCAGAAGGAUCUCUGAGGCAUGGCAUUGAACAGUUGGAUUCUUCUGAUCUUGAUGAAUUCAGGUUGCGAGAUGCAUCUGGUGCAGCUCAGCAUGCACUUAACAUGGCUAAGCUCAAGAGGGAAAAAGCUCAGAGAUUGGUUUAUAGAGCAGAUCUGGCAAUUCACAAGGCUGUGGUCACACUCAUGACUGCAGAGGCAAUCAAAGCUGCUUUUGAGAACUCAAAAGAGUGAUGGGUGGGAUGAGCAGAUGAAGUGAGAUGGGGACAGUGGCAUUAGCUAGACGUUUCAGCUGCUAGUUCUGCAGCCUGAGUCAUAUAGAUUUUGAGUUGACAUUGUUUUGCAGCUAGAGUGGCUCUGGUUUUUCUUUUGUCAACAGUGGCGGCCUUUUGUGAAACUGUCUAUCUUCUGUAGAUUCCAAAGUGAACUUCUAACAUGAUGGCUGCAAGCAGUCAUAGGAGCAGAAACUGUUGCUUCUGCCAUUCAUGAUGAUUCUCCAACACAUUGCGUUUAUCAAGGCAGUUUAGGUACAUAACAUCGCAUCCUAUGCUCUCAGUUCUUUUUCCAAGCAGCGGAAUUCUCAGCUUAAUUCAACCAAGGUAGCACUGCUGCCGGUAAGGGGUGUGGAAUUUUGGUGGCCGAUCAAUGUACAGAUUUUUUUUUUUUUUUUUUCCUUUUCUUGUUUCUUCACUUAAGCUUUUCCAGUUGUUUCUUUUUAUCUCUAAACCUCAGUUUUAAGUGUUCAACAUUGAAGGAGCAAUUGGCCAAAUAAUAGAAUACACCCCAUGGGCUUGAAGUACAGAAUCAUAUGUGAAUUGGAUCUUUGGAGCAGUUGCACUGUGUCCUUAGGAAAAAGGAGAGGAAUAGAAUGCUGUAAGUAAAUUAAUCCGUAAAAUUUCAUCCGCUGGAUUAUCUGGAGAUUAGGUCUUGUAGCUUCUCAAGCUCUGAAUUGGCUGAAAUAUAUGUAUAGGCAUAUGUUAAUGUAUACGAAGGUUAUUCCUUCUUAA